AUGGCAAUAGAAGCAGACGAUUCUUUCAAGAAACCUGGAGCUGUUCCGUUUAAAUGGGAGAUCCGACCUGGUGUCCCAAAGAUCCAACAACAACAAUUACAGCAAAAACAGCAAAAGAAACCCCCGACAUUGCCAUCGCCAUCACCACCUUUCAGUCAUGGUCAGCAAAAGAAAGAACUAUCACCCCCGACAUUGCCAUCAACAUCACCACCUUUCAGUCAUCUGAGUCCAUCUACAACUCCUCUAGUACAAAAGCAAAAGCUUAAGCCUCCACCAGCUGGAUCCAUUUUCCUCCCUCCAUCUCAGCCCUGUGCCCGAUCAUUUCGCUCUGUUCCGCGUAGCUUGUCUGAGCGUUGGAGGUUCGACCAACCUGUCCAUGUCCAACCUGAAUGUGUUUCAGCUGGGUGUUUCCCAUCACCUCUAUUAAGGCGAAAACAAAGCAAGAGGAGGACCACCUUCAGCAUAGCUAAACCUGGAUCAGAACGUGAUUAUACCUCUGACCUUGACAUGCUCUCUCGGUGGUCCAUUUCAAGCAGGAAGUCACUUUCGUCAUUCCGUGACUCACCGGCGUCCUCAUUUUCAUCAUAUCAGUCAUCACCUCGACCUGUGAGUGACGCCGAGUGGGCUGGUUUUGGACUUUUUUGA